CCUUCCCGAGGUUGUACUUUAGUUCUUUGCCUUCCCCGGUUGGGCUUCUGCCCACCCCGAAGCCCCAGGAGGCGCGGCCGAGUUACGCGGCGGGGCGAGGCGAAGCUACCUUCUCGAUUGAGGGCGGGCGGGCGGAGGGCUUUUCAACCGGCGCCGUACCGGAUGGGAGGAGAGACCGAAGGCGAAGGGGGCUGAGCGUGGCUAAGCUUCCCGGCUCCAUCGAUCGGCUCCUUCGGCGGGACGGGAGGCGAUGGCCGCCGCGGCUGCUGCUGCUGCCCUGAUCGCGGCGCUGCUCGGGCUCCUGCCCGCCCAGACGAGCACCGGCGCCGCAGGGAGAAGCCAACCCGGAGAGGCUCAGAGGUUUCUGGAGAAAUAUGGCUAUUUUGAGUCUGUGCACCAAGUACCGGACUUAGCAGGAUUCCCAGAUGCCAUAAAGGAAUUUCAAUGGAUUUCUCACCUGCCCCUCAGUGGCACCCUGGAUGCCAUCACUCUCCGUCACAUGAGUCUCCCUCGCUGUGGUGUCAAUGACGCAGAGAGCCACAUGGCAUGGAAGGAGCGCAUGGAUGCCCUGUUCUCAGAAGGGAAAGCCAGGAAGAGUCGCAGGAAACGAUACUUGCAUCAGAGUGGUAAAUGGUAUAAACGACACUUGACUUACCGGCUAAUCAACUGGCCUUGGUACCUGCCAGAGCAGCAGGUUCGUCUGGCAGUGAAAGCAGCUUUUGAGCUCUGGAGCAACGUCUCUUCCUUAGUUUUUUGGGAAGUAGCAGAAGAGCCUGCAGAUAUUCGCCUGACAUUCUUCUAUGGGGAUCACAAUGAUGGAGUUGAGAAUGCCUUUGAUGGCCCAGGGGGUGCUCUGGCACACGCCUUCUUCCCACGCCGUGGCGAGGCCCAUUUUGACAAUGAUGAGAGAUGGUCCCUGGACAGUGGGAAAGGCCGUAACCUCUUUGUGGUGAUGGCACAUGAAAUUGGUCAUACGCUGGGCCUGGAACACUCCCCUGUGUCCAAUGCUCUUAUGUCCCCCUACUACAAGAAGCUGGGCAAGGGAUUUGUCUUGAACUGGGAUGAUGUUCUUGCCAUUCAGAAUUUAUAUGGAAAACCAUCCCGAGGCCCAAUAGUCCAGCUUCCAGGAAAAUCAUUUGCGCGUUUCCAGGAUGGGAAGCAGUACCUUGAAAACAGGGAGCAGAAUCAAGAGACAACUUUCAGGUUCCAUUACUGCAUGUCAUUUUUUGAUGCCUUAACUGUAGAUACGGAAGAUAAUCUGUACAUCUUUAAAGGCAAGUAUUACUGGAUUGUAUCCAAAGGAGAGUCUGCUGCUGGUCCAUACCUUCUCCAAGCCAGAUGGCCAGGUCUUCCUUCCGCCAUUGAUGCUACAGCCUUCUCAGAGAAAGACAGGAAAUUCUACUUUUUUAAAGGUGGCCGAUGCUGGCGUUACAAAGGAUCUUCUCUAGAAGUUGGUUUUCCCCAAAAGUGCAGCCUUACUGGUGAUCUCCCGCGCCACCCUGACACUGCCCUGUUCUUCCAGCCACUCCAUCAGCUGGUGCUUUUCAAAGGACCUAAGUAUUAUGUAGUCAAUGAGGAGGUUCUCCAAGUGGAACCAUAUUAUCCCCGAAGCUUGAAAGACUGGGGAGGGGUUCCAGCUCUGGCAAAUGGAGCCGUCACACAUCAGGAUGGCUUUGUCUACUUCUUUCGAAACGACCAAUUCUGGAAAUUCAACCCAGAGAAGCUAGAAGUAGUAGAAACUGGAAAGUGGGCUGUUCAGCUGAGGUGGCUAGGCUGUCAGGAUGUCAGUCUAAAUCAAGCUGGGGCCUGAUAUUUCUGUUUAAUCUCUGGAUUUGUCACUCUUUUUCCUAGCAAAAUCUCCAGAAGGCUAGAACUUGUUAAUUUACUCCGUGUUCAGUAGCGUUUCCACGUUUGCUUUUAAUCUGGUCCCACAAAGAGAUUACAGAAAAACCAAAAGCAGUACACAAAGCCUGAGCCAAAAAUUGCAUUUUCUGGAUGAAAAAUGCAAACCCUCCGGAAGCAAAACAGUUUGAUAUGAGGAACCAUCAAUCAAGAUUGGCACCAUCAAUGUUGAGUGUUAAUUUAUUGUGAAGCGGGUGAGACACACUGAUUCUUGAUUUGCAGUGAUCAUAAGACACUAAAUUGAUGUUUUGCCUUCUAGUCUAGUCAGUCAGGCAUUCUAGAAAAGAAGUGUUAUUCUCCGCUGGCAAUUGGUUGCACCUUCAUAUAGAAACGGAUCUUCUUCUUACAGCUAUCAGCUUAACUUAGAGUCUUCUGUAUUAUUGUCCAUCUUUAUUAUCCAGAAGUGACUACCAUGGAGAAUGCAAAACCAGGUCUUUCCAGCAGUAAAUUUUCCUCUACAACUGAGCCUCAAAUACCGGUGCCUAAUCAUGUACCGUCUGCCUAGGGAGUUCAUUCCAUUUGUUACUUCUUGAGUAACUUCUGGAGCUUUCCCCACCAUCCAGCUAGAGGUGAAGAAGCUUCUUGGAUGAGAAGCAAAACGUCUUCAAAGAAAAAUCAGAAAGUCCAGUUGCCUCUUGAAAAGCAUCUUUGGGACAAGCAUGACCUGGAUGACUGAGAAUCUCCAUAGACUUAUGGAGCUAAGAGUGUUCCACAUUACUACCUCUGUUUCCUCUUAGAUACUGUAAUGUAAUUUCUGUAUGGUGCUUUUAGUUUCUUUCUUACACAGGUAGCCAUUUUGUAGGAUCAUGCUGUUAUAUUAUAGCAGUCCUUUAUUCUUUUUCCAUGUAUAUAGUUUCAUUGCAACAAUUGUAUAAAGAAAAAAUAUGGGACAAUGGUACACUCAAGAAAGAACUCCACACCAUCACAACAGAUUGAGACAUGAAUCUGAGUCUUCCCUUUGGAUACCCAGGUCUCCUUUGAAUGCAUUAAAUUGCUACAAGAUUUUUUCUUUACCUAAUAUCUCCUGGAUCUUCUAACAUAUUGAUAUUAUUUCUGUCAGUCAUGAAAAAUCAAGAUCAGAUAUAAGUUCCAGUUCAAAAGAUUUAUUGCUCAAGCCUGUACAUAAGAAUCUAGUCAACUAAUGGUCGACAUCAGUGGUGAAAUCCAAGUUUUUUUACUACUGGUUCUGUGGGCGUGGCUUGGUGGGCAUGAUGUGGCUUGGUGGGCAUGGCUUGGGGAAGGAUACUGCAAAAUCUCCAUUCCCACCUCACUCCAGGGGAAGGAUACUGCAAAAUCUCCAUUCCCACCCCACUCCAGAGGAAGGAUACUGCAAAAUCUCCAUUCCCACACCACUCCAGGGGAAGGAUACUGCAAAAUCUCCAUUCCCUCUCCACUCCUGGGGGAAGGAUAUUACAAAAUCUCCAUUCUCACCCCACUCUGGGGCCAGCCGGUGGUAUUUGCUGGUUCUCCAAACUACUCAAAAUUUCUGCUGCUGGUUCUCCGAAUUGCUCAAAAUUUCCACUACCGGUUCUCUGGAACCUGUCAGAACCUGCUGGAUUUCACCCCUGGUCGACACUAAAUUGGUGCUAAUGUAGAGAAGAAUUAAUGGAAUUCAAGAGCAGCUGGACUUGGAGAGUUUAUGGACACAUAACGAUUCUAGGCUGAGUCCUCUCUUGAUUCUGUCCCCAGAUUCUGCCUGCUCUUCUACAAUUUUCAGUAGACAUGCCGUUCUGAGGUAAUUUUUCUCAAACGGAUAUAUUGGAAAGAUGGUGCUAUUUUUAAUAGAUGUCUCUAUUUAGAGGUUUGGAAUAUUCUUUUAUCAUUGUUCCCAAGAACAUAUAAAGAGACAUUCUGAUUCAACCGA